AUGCUGGCUACAUUCUACAAUCACACAAUGGAGUCCCCUGCCACCUUCUUCCUCAUUGGCAUUCCAGGCUUGCAGUCUUCCUAUCUUUGGCUGGCCAUCUCAUUGAGCUCCAUGUACAGCAUAGCCCUCCUAGGAAACACCCUCAUCAUCACUGUGAUCUGCAUGGACCCCACUCUACAAGAGCCCAUGUGCUUCUUUCUCUGUGUUCUGGCUGCUGUGGACAUUGUUAUGGCUUCCUCUGUGGUACCUAAGAUGCUGAGCAUCUUCAGCUCAGGAGACAGCUCCAUCAGCUUUAAUGCCUGUUUCACUCAGAUGUACUUUGUCCAUGCAGCUACAGCUGUGGAGACAGGGCUGCUACUGGCCAUGGCUUUUGAUCGCUAUGUGGCCAUCUGCAAGCCCCUACAUUAUAUGAGAAUCCUCACCCCUAACGUGAUGCUGGGGAUUAGUGUGACCAUCACCACUAGAGCUGUGAUGUUUAUGACUCCAUUGAGUUGGAUGUUGAGUCAUUUGCCUUUCUGUGGCUCCAAUGUAGUUCCACAUUCCUACUGUGAACACAUGGCUGUGGCCAAGUUAGCGUGUGCUGACCCCAUGCCCACCAGUCUCUACAGUUUGAUUUUUUCCUCCAUCAUUGUGGGCUCAGAUGUGGCCUUCAUUUCUGCCUCCUAUACUUUGAUCCUCAGGGCAGUGUUUGGUUUAUCAUCAAAGCAUGCACAGCGGAAGGCGCUGAGCACAUGCGGCUCUCAUGUUGCGGUUAUGGCUCUGUACUAUCUCCCUGGGAUGGCGUCCAUCUAUGUAGCCUGGCUAGGACAGGACAAAGUUCCGCUGCACACCCAAGUGUUGCUGGCUGACUUGUACCUGAUCAUUCCACCCACCCUAAACCCUGUCAUUUAUGGUAUCAGGACCAAGCAGAUCCGGGCGCGGAUAUGGAGUCUGCUGAUGCAUCAUGUGUGGGAACACUCACACUCUGGAAAUGACUUGGUAUGA